AUGGCCAACGCGGGACUGCAGUUGCUGGGCUUCAUCCUGGCCUUCCUGGGCUGGAUCGGGAGCAUCGUGAGCACCGCCAUGCCACAGUGGAAGAUCUCCUCGUAUGCGGGGGACAACAUCGUGACGGCGCAAGCCAUCUACGAGGGCCUCUGGAUGUCGUGUGUGUACCAGAGCACCGGCCAGAUCCAGUGCAAGGUGUUCGACUCUCUGCUGAACCUGAGCAGUACGCUUCAGGCUACCCGAGCCUUGAUGGUCAUUGGAAUCAUCGUGGGACUGAUCGCCAUCUUUGUAGCCACCGUGGGCAUGAAAUGUAUGAAGUGCAUGGAAGACGAUGAGGUGCAAAAGAUGCGAAUGGCUGUCUUUGGGGGAGUAAUCUUCCUUGUGGCAGGCCUGUCUGUCUUGGUUGCCACAGCAUGGUAUGGAAAUAGAGUUGCUCGAGAGUUCUAUGACCCCAUGACCCCAGUCAAUUCUAGGUAUGAGUUUGGACAGGCUCUCUUCAUAGGCUGGGCCUCAGCUUCUCUGUGCCUACUGGGAGGUGCCCUACUUUGCUGUUCCUGUCCCAGGAAAACAACCUCUUACCCAACUCCUCGCCCAUACCCAAAGACCACACCCUCCAGUGGAAAGGACUAUGUGUAA